GAGCCCCUCCCAGGUGCUUGUGGAGGAGCCACCAGCUCCCAGGUCACCAGACUAGCGCCACGCUAUGGGGGGUCUGAGGCCCUGGGCCCGGUACAUGCUCCUAGUUGUGGCCCACCUGCUGGCCAUGGGGCUUGGGGCUGUGGUACUCCAGGCCUUGGAGGGCCCCCCAGCGCUCCAGCUCCAGACCCAGCUCCAGGCCGAGCUGGCUACCUUCCAGGCAGAUUACGGGGCCUGCCUGCCACCUGGAGCACUGGAAGAGCUACUGGGCGUGGCCUUGAGAGCACAAGCCCACGGAGUCUCCAGCCUGGGCAACAGUUCUGAGGCCAGCAACUGGAAUCUGCCCUCGGCCCUCCUCUUCACUGCCAGCAUCCUCACCACCACGGGUUAUGGCCACAUGGCCCCACUAUCGGCAGGAGGAAAGGCCUUCUGUGUGGUCUAUGCAUCCCUGGGGCUGCCAGCCUCCCUAGUUCUUGUGGCCACCCUGCGCCACUGCCUGCUGCCUGUGUUUAGAUGCCCAGGUACCUGGGUAGCAGCCCGCUGGCAGCUGGCACCAGCACAGGCUGCACUGCUGCAGGCAGCAGGACUGGGCCUGUUGGUGGCCUGCAUCUUUGUGCUACUGCCGGCACUGGUGCUGUGGGGUCUGCAGGGUGACUGCAGCCUACUGGAGGCCAUCUACUUCUGCUUUGGCUCACUCAGCACCAUCGGGCUGGGGGACUUGCUGCCCAGUCAAGGUCAUGGCCUGCAUCCAGCAAUUUACCACCUUGGCCAGCUUGCACUUCUUGGUUACUUGCUCUUAGGGCUCCUGGCCAUGCUGCUGGCGGUGGAGACCUUUUCAGAGCUGCCACAGGUCCGUGCCAUAGUGAAGUUCUUUGGGCCCAGUGACUCGAUGACCCCUGAGGACCAAGGUGGCAUCCUGGGCCAGGAUGAGCUGUCUCUGAGCACCCUGCCUCCUGAUGCCCCAGCUGCGGGACAGGCACCAGCUUGCUGACAGGUGUCAGGUGACCGAGUUCAGCUCCUUUAAGAUGGAAGAUUCUGAGGAGACGGCCAGGGGUCCUUGGGGAGGAACCUGGAGAUGGGGGCGGGGGGUGCCAGAACUUCAUGUAAUCGAGGGUUAAAGAAAAUAAAUGGCAACAGCUCCA